AAUGACAAUGCUUUGAUGCUGGCUAAGUCCUUGACGGGCGCUCUGCUUGCUGUCUGCUAUUCAUCAGCGUUAUUGUCUGCUUUUACUACUGUCGGACUUCUCUUACUCGGAAGACAACUCAAGUCCACCAUGGCCACUCUGACCUGCACAGCCUCCGACUUAGCCCCACUUCUCGCCACCGCCACCACGGCCCUCAAUGCCACUGCCCUCUCCGAAUUCCUCUGCGGCCGCUUUAACACAAUCUCCGCCAAAUUCACUGACACCACCUACGCAGUCGACAACACUUACCUCCUCUUCUCCGCCUACCUUGUCUUCGCCAUGCAGCUCGGCUUCGCCAUGCUAUGCGCCGGCUCCGUUCGUGCCAAGAACACCAUGAAUAUCAUGCUCACCAACGUCCUCGAUGCCGCUGCCGGUGCCCUCUCCUAUUACCUCUUCGGCUUUGCCUUUGCCUUCGGCGCUCCCUCCAACUCCUUCAUCGGCCGACACUUCUUCGGCCUCCGAGACUUCCCCUCUGUAUCCGGAGGAGACUACAGCUUCUUCUGGGCUUUUGCCAUAGUCGCCGCUGGCAUCACCAGCGGCUCCAUCGCCGAGAGAACGCAAUUCGUUGCUUACCUCAUUUACUCUUCUUUCGCAACCGGUUUUGUCUACCCGGUCGUGUCUCAUUGGUUUUGGUCCGCUGACGGAUGGGCCAGUCCAACCCGGCCCGAUAACUUACUAUUUGGUUCCGGUUCAAUUGAUUCCGGUUCGGGUGUGGUCCACAUGGUUGGAGGCGUAGCCGGUUUAUGGGGCGCCGUGAUCGAAGGCCCGAGAAUUGGUAGAUUUGAUCGAACCGGCCGAUCUGUGGCCUUGCGGGGUCACAGCGCAUCCCUAGUGGUUCUCGGUACGUUCUUGCUUUGGUUCGGGUGGUACGGGUUCAACCCCGGUUCAUUUCUCACGAUUUUGAAGAGUUACGGCGAUGGUGGUACUUACUACGGUCAGUGGAGUGCCAUUGGUAGGACAGCUGUCACAACGACAUUGGCUGGCUGCACAGCCGCUCUCACUACCUUGUUCAGCAAGCGAUCACUGGUGGGUCAUUGGAACGUGCUCGACGUUUGUAACGGUCUGUUGGGUGGUUUUGCCGCGAUCACCUCCGGGUGCUCGGUGGUGGAACCGUGGGCGGCAAUCGUGUGCGGGUUCGUGGCCGCAUGGGUUUUGAUAGGAUGCAACAAGGUGGCGGAGAAGCUAAAAUACGAUGAUCCAUUGGAGGCUGCUCAGUUGGAUGGUGGAUGUGGAGCUUGGGGGCUGAUAUUCACAGGGUUGUUUGCAACAGAAAAAUAUGUGAAUGAGGUGUACUCCGGCUGGUCAGGGCGGCCGUAUGGGUUGUUUAUGGGUGGUGGUGGGAGGCUGUUGGCGGCGCAAAUUGUGCAGAUUUUGGUGGUGGCAGGCUGGGUCAGUGCUACCAUGGGCCCGCUGUUCUAUGGGCUUCAUAAGUUGAAGUUAUUGAGGAUCUCGAUGGAGGAUGAGACUCAAGGGAUGGAUAUGACAAGGCAUGGUGGAUUUGCUUAUGUUUACCAUGACGAAGAUGAUCCAUCCAUUAAACCUGAGGUUAUGAUGAGGAGGGUUGAGCCUGUUAAUGAUGCCAGUCCUGCAUAAGUGACUCCAUAAUACAUCUACACUACAUAGUUGUGCUAAAAUCAAUUGUUCAUGCGUGAUAAAUUUCUACUUAGCAAUCUAAGAUGCGUAAUGGUCGCAUAU